GUGGGGAGGAUGGGUGUGGGCAGAGAAUGACACCCCAUGAUUGAGAAAAAUUAUCAGGGUGUCCUUCCACGGAGGCCAGCUGGACUGGGGUGGAGUGAUCUAAGGCCUGAGUACUCAUGACUGCUUUUCUUGUCUCCCAUUUCAGGUCCGAGAAGCUGGGGUCUCCCCUCAGCCCUUGAGCAGCCAUGUCCAACCCCAGUGCACCCCCUCCAUAUGAGGACCGCAACCCCCUGUACCCUCCGCCCCAGGGGGGCUAUGGGCAGCCUUCUGUCCUGCCGGGCGGGUACCCUGCCUACCCUGCCUACCCACAGCCUGGCUAUGGUCACCCUGCUGGCUAUCCACAACCUAUGCCCCCCAUCCACCCGAUGCCUAUGAACUACGGCCCAGGCUAUGAUGCCGAGGAGAGAGCAGUGAGUGACAGCUUCGGCGCUGGAGAGUGGGACGACAUGAAAGUCCGACACACCUUCAUUCGAAAGGUUUACAGCAUCAUCUCCGUCCAGCUGCUGAUCACAGUGGCCAUCAUCGCUAUCUUCACCUUUGUGAAGCCUGUUGGCGAGUUUGUGAGGAGAAAUGUGGCCGUCUACUAUGUAUCCUAUGCUGUCUUCCUGGUCACCUACCUGACCCUUGCCUGCUGCCAGGGACCCAGACGCCGAUUCCCAUGGAACAUCAUCUUGCUGACCCUCUUUACUCUUGCCCUGGGCUUCAUGACUGGCACCAUUUCCAGUAUGUAUCAAACCAAAGCUGUCAUCAUUGCCAUGAUCAUCACUGCUGUGGUGUCCAUUUCAGUCACCAUCUUCUGCUUCCAGACCAAGGUGGACUUCACCUCGUGCACAGGCCUCUUCUGUGUUCUGGGAAUUGUCAUGAUGGUGACUGGGAUUGUCACUGCCAUUGUGCUGUCCUUCAAAUAUAUUUACUGGCUUCAUAUGGUCUAUGCUGCUCUGGGGGCCAUUUGCUUCACCUUGUUCCUGGCUUAUGACACGCAGCUGGUCCUGGGGAACCGGAAGCACACCAUCAGCCCAGAGGACUACAUCACUGGUGCUCUGCAGAUCUACACGGACAUCAUCUACAUCUUCACCUUUGUGCUGCAGUUGGUGGGGAGUCGUGAUUAAAGAGCACCCCAGUUCUGCUCGCUCUACCCUGGGUGCUCCCAUCUUUAGAGGGCUGGGCCCUGUGACCAGGGUCUGGGCCACAGAUCCCUUUCCUUCUCAAGUGAUAUGCCCAGUUUCCUUCUUUGUCCGGAGUGGGUGGCCCCUCUGGCUGUGGCUGUGUGGGUACCAACUGAUGGGGCUGGAGGAACUGGGGACUAACUCUUGCCCUUGAUGGACUUGGCGGGGACCAGGCUGAAGAUGUGCCUUCUCCCUCCAACUACUAUGUGGCACCAAAUUCACCCUAACUGCUGGGGUCGGAGGGGGCAGUGGUGAAAAGAGCCUGUUCUGUGACUAAAAGGGAAUAUGGAGGUAGAAGUGACUUCAAGGGGAUGAGGUUUCCCAUCCCACCUUUGCCACAGGCUUCUGGGCUACAUAGCUGGAGCUGUUUCCUCCCUCAACCCCUAACAGAGCCAACGAGCUUUGUCCCCAGCCUGCUGGACGCUUAGGCCAUUAUUCUGUAUUCCUUUGGCAAACCUUGUUACUUCCCAGCUCAGGGAGGUAUAAGAGACCUGUGCCUGUGGGUCCCCCUGCUUCAGCUCCUCCGUUAAUGGCAUGUAUAUACUGUUUAUCUGGGUUGGGGAGGGAGGAAGAGGAGAGCAAAGUCAAGUGCAGGGGCCAACACAGAGCAGCAUCUACCCUGGGCUUCCUCAUGGCUGUGGUGGUGACAGAGAGCAGGUCCAUUGCAGCCAUCUGGUCCCCAUUCUCCAAAGCUGCCUGGGGGGGCCUCCCUGGUGCUUCUGAGAUCUCUGAUCAGAGGGAUCUCUUGCUUUCCAUGGUCAGGCCGCUCAAGUCAGAAAGUGAGGGCAAAGGUCAGGAGAUGGGGUGGUUUGUAAGAUCAUAAGUGUGGCUAGGAAGUGACCAGGAUGAAGAGACUGAGUUGGGGGCAUGGAAAAUGCCUUGGGGUACCCCACCUAGUCUGACAAAUAUUGUUCUUUCCUUCUGCUAACCUGGGGAAGGCCCUGAGAAGACUUCCCUUCUCUUCUUAACUCUCACUGGGGGAUUUUAGACUUGGACCUCAUCUCUCUAGCCAGCUACUGCUUCAUGACACCAAGUGCCUCAAGCUGGAAUGGGGAAGGGGGACGAGGGUCACUAUCGGGUGGGGUGGAAACCAAAUCAGCUCAAGGGUAUAAGUAGGACUUCUCUAUUAAGUCCUUGGUCCUAAGUAUAUCACAUAAAAGGACAUAACUAGAAAUGUAAUAAAGUUUUACGUUUAGAAGCUAAAA